UCUUCGCCGCCCCGGUGUCACACUUCAGCAAGUCGACGGCAGUGCAGUCGAUCGUGAUGACGAUGACACUUACUUCAGUCUUACAUGCUUAAGAAACCCCUCUAAUAUUCCAAGAUGUGGUUCAUCUUUGUAUUAAGUUGGUUGGCCACAUUUGUCCAUGUUUGUUUAGCUACUUUAGCUCUCGCUGCUGGCUUGUAUUAUUUAGCAGAACUGGUUGAAGAGUACACAGUAAUUACAAUGAAGAUCUUACGGUGGGUCAUAAUUGCAACAGCUGGCAUAUACGUGGGCCUGAUCCUAUUUGAAGACCUUCCCUUCCGUCUAACUCUCACAGGGCUUGUCUCCAUUGGCGUUUACUCCCUACUCCUGCGGACUUUCCCAUUCAUUGAGUUGACAUCUCCAGUUUUUAUCGGUAGUUGUGUGCUUGUGAUUAUCAAUCAUUACCUAGCUUUCCAGUACUUCGCUGAGGUGUGGCAUCCCUUUUCAGAGGUUAUUGCAUAUUUCACCAUGUGCCUGUGGCUGGUCCCGUUUGGUUUCUUCAUUUCGCUGUCGGCCAACGACAAUGUUCUUCCCACAACACAUAUGCCCACAGAAACAAAAAAAGAGGAUGUCGUCACAAACUAUUUCAACAAACGCAGCAAACGCAGUGGUGUCCUGUCUGUGUUUGAUAUGCUGAAAGACACGCUCAUCCCGGAGAGGACCAAACGCUUCUGAUCCUUCAAACCUAGAGUAAAUACCAUUGAUAAUCUUAGACAAUCUAAUGUAGGGCAAACUCUUGAAGUUCCCAAGGCACGCCACAGCUGGGUUCAAUUUCAUUGGGCUGCUAGUCAGAAAAUUCUGCUUAGUAAUGUUUGUGCUUAGUAAAAUCUGGCAGUGUACCAGUUAAGCUCAAUAUACAUAACAUCGCAUUUUGGCUGGUAAAACUGCUUUUGCUUAACAAAUCUCUUCUGUACUGAGCAGAAUUCUGUGCUACGAAUGUCCAUGAAAUUGUCCCUCGGUGUAAGGCAAGAGAUGCUGCUGGCAGUAGACGAAAAAAACUCCAUUGGCAUUGAGGAGAAACACAGUGUUUCGUUGAACGUGUACAUUGUAUCUAUGAAGAAAUGCCAGGUAAUGGGUUUCCAUUUAUGCAUGGUACAAGUAUUCAGAUUACAUCGUAAUCGUCCUUUGCUAGGGUUAGCUUGGGUCGAUUGAGGAUUGGGUUAUGUAUCCAUUCGCACACAUUGAUACACGGGUUGGA